AUGAGGUCUACCGCUACUGGAAACUACUCUCGUCUCUACGUGUGCUUCGUGUUCUCUCGUUCGUCCGGCUUUUGUUUCCUACAAUUAAUCAUCCCCUCAACCGCAGGUCGUCAUCACGUCAUGGGUCUCACUAUGGAUGGAAAGCGAAACCGAAUUCCAAGAGUAUGCUUUAUGAUCGUUUUUCUCUCGUUGAUAAAGCUUGCUUUUGUCAAGUAUAUGCGGCAAAGGAUGAAAAUGGAA